GUUCUUGUUCUUCUUGUUUCGACACGAUACUGUUUAGGAACGUGGCAUUUUUAGUGGACUGAAUUUAAACUUUUAAUUUUGUUUUCCUGUAUUAUACUUGUCUAAUUUAAACUAAUUUAAUUUAUUUUCAAUUGUUUAGUAUUUGUAUAUUCAACGAAAAAUUCGUGUAAACAUUGUUAUUUAUACAAUUUUUGUUGAAUUAAACAUGUCUUCUAUUCUUAAUAUGCUGGGGCUACAAGGCGAUGGAGAUUAUAACUUGGUAAUCAUUCUACCUGUUGUGGCAAUUGUGGUUGUCGUUUUUGUAUUAAAGUUAAGUUCCGAAAAAUCAAAGGCGUUAUGUGUUAAAAAACAAAAAACAAAAAAUAAACAAAACGAAGAAAAAUUAUACAGUGAUAAAAAUAGCAAGCCAAAAAACACAUCCCCAAGCACCGCAAAAACUUUAGAUGGUGAAGCUAGCGAUACGGUCAAAUCAAAGCCAAAUAAAAAUCAAACGAAUUCAAAUGAGAAGCCACCUAAGAAAAAUUUGCAAUCCAAAAAGCAACAAGUUAAUGACAAUAAUGUCAAUAAUGGCGCCAAGAAUACCUCUACCAAAAAACAAACCACUAACAAGAAACAAUUGGAAAGUUUUGUAAGCACAGAGGAGGAAGGCCAAUGGCAAAUGGUUACAACAAAGAAGAAAAAACAAAGCAAACUUGAGGAAGUAAUUGAGCCAACUACGCCAUCAAAAUUAGAUAAAAAGCAUCAAAAGACACAAGACAAAACUAAAAAAACAAGUAAAACCGAAAAAGUUAAAGUGGAAAAUGAAAAAAAUUACAUUCCAAUAACUGUUGUUAACGGUAAAGUAACACCUAUUGAGAUUAGCCAAGUUGACAAGUCGGAGCCUUCAGUUCAAGGCCAGACGAAGGAAAUUUCUGUUUUAUCAACCAAUUCGACAAUCCUGCAUGAAAGUCCAAUACCUAAGCCAAUUACAAGUAAUGCAAUUACUGCAAUUGACACUGCUGAAUUUAAUGAUGUAACUGUACACAGUAUAUCAUCUGCUAACGUGGCAUUUGAUGAAUUGGGGGAUAAUGACUGGACGAACAAUAAACCUCAAAAGAAAAACAGGAGAAAAGCACUCAGGGAAUAAUUGAUAAACUUAUUACCUAUCCCACCUUAAUAUUUCAAUAUUUUCAGCUUACGAAAUGUAGUUAAUAUUUUGUUAUUUGUAAAUAUAAUAGGUUACAACAUAUAAAAUGUAAUUCUGUAAAUAUAAUAUAUUUUCUUAUUUAAUUAUAAUUUAAUAUAAUAUAGAUAUGUACAAUGUUAUGAGAAUUUUCUUAAAAGUAUUACAGCAAUUAACAUCCAAAAGAAAAGUAGUAUUUAAAAAAGCUCUAACAAACUUUAAAGGUUAUACAAAUACCUAAUUAGUUUGUAAGUUCCAUUCCGUAACGAAUCAGCUGCUAUGUUUUUAACUCAAGUGACAGCUAAAACAGCUGAAAUCAUAUUCAGACAAAAUUGUUAACAAUAUGAAGGCAGUGCUGCCAACAUUUUUUGAGAGUGAAAUAUUUAAAAUUUACAAAAGAAUAAAAUAUAUAUUUUUUCCAA